AUGUGUGGGGAAUGUGGGUGUGGGGAGUGUGGGAAGAGCUUCAACUGCAGCUUCAACCUCCUUACCCACCAGCACAUCCACACUGGGGGACGGCCCUAUGAGUGUGUGGAAUGUGGGAAGAGCUUCAACUGCAGAUCCAACCUGAUCCGACACAAGCACAUCCCCACUGGGGAACGGCCCUACAAGUGCUUGGAAUGUGGGAAGAGGUUUCAGAGCAGCUCAGAUCUCCUCCUACACCAGCAGACACACACGGAUAAGAGGCCCUUCCGCUGCACCGACUGCGGGAAGGGCUUCAGCCAGAACAACAAUCUAGUCAGUCACCAGCGCAUCCACACCAGGGAGAGGCCCUACAAGUGUGAGGAGUGUGGGAAGAGCUUCACUCACAGCUCUGGCUUGACCCAACACCAAUGGACCCACCAGUAA